AUGGCAGAUGAACUCUCCCAGUUGGGUGUGAAUUGGGUAGAGGAAUCUUUGCUCCGUCAAGAUGUAGAGGCGAAUGUGGAGGCACGAGCUGAUGCCGCCGCAGCUGCGGAUGAGGCUGAGCUGCAAAGGCGAUGGGCAGCACUGGAGGAGGUGGAGCGCACAGUGGCUAAUAUUCAAGAGCAACUUUCCAAAGUCGUUGCUCCUGUGGGCACGGCAGCUCACAAAAUAGUCGAGGAGAAGGAAAGCGCUUCCGUGCUACAGUUCUCCCUGCUGAAGGCACAAAGAGAGUUGGAAAGUCGUGCGAAAGCGCUCCGCAGUUGGCAGAUCGAAUGCGAGGCACGCCAACGGCGGCGUGUGGAAGAGGCGAAACAGCGUAAGCAAGUGACUGAGCAGGAGGCAGUUAUGGCCAGAAUGCGGAAUCGUUUGAGUCGUACCCUCCAGCCGGUAGCGGACGUUCAAGGACUACAAGAGGGCGUAGGGAGUGCGGAGAGGGUUCCCGCGUCGACUAACCAUCACGAUUACCACGAUCGCCUCACCACGGGCAUGGGCUCGACACCUCAGGUGUGGUGGAAUGGGAGAAUAGGCACACCUAAUGGAGCUGCAAGUGUGACUCACUCGAACAUUUCAACGCCUUCGCGACGUCAACGCCUGUCAUCGUCAACUUCUGCCGAUGUGCCAUUAACUCCUGCACAGUAUUCCUGCGGCCCCGUUCUUCCAUCAGCUUAUCGAGUGACGCUGACGCCAAGCGAUGUCCGCUCCAAGUUGCAGAAAUACGCAGAUGACAGCGACUUAAGCAUUUACAGCGCGCGGUGCCGCAAGCGGAAGCGGCUAGAAGGAGCUUUAGCGGGUCUAGCAGCGUUAGAAGCUGGAGUGGCCACUGCCAACGGCGAGAUCAAGGAGGAGGAUACCGAUGAAGACUCGGGGGUUGUGGUGAAGUGUGAGGGUAUUGGCAUGAGUAGUUUCCCCAAAGUGAAGACAGAGGGUAGCGCACAUGAGAAAAGUGGAACCUCAUUGCUGGAUGCCAUAGAUGUCGAUGCGCUCAUGGAGGAGUCUGAUGAUGUGGCUGUUGAAGUGCUCCAAAAAGUUAAGAAGGAAAAAAGGGCAUCAGCAGGCGGUAGAAAGCACCGGGAGAGGGAAAAUACCACGCAAAACUUUACGGACAGGCAUGAUUCCAUUGAAGUCUUGCGUGGUAUUUCUUUGGCAUCAUCCAUUUAUCAAAAAUUGUUCGACCACCAACGGGACGGAUUGAGGUGGCUGCUGAAUCUUCACCGACAGCGUGUCGGUGGGAUUCUGGGAGAUGACAUGGGACUCGGGAAAACUAUUCAAAUAGCAGCCAUGUUAAAUGCCCUAAAUCAUUCCAACCAACUUCGUGGACCCUCUCUAAUUGUUACACCGGUCACAGUGCUCCGUCAGUGGGUGGCAGAGAUGCACCGAUGGGCUCCAUACGUGCGUACCUGUGUUAUGCAUGCCAGUAGUGCUUCCACUAUUUCUCGCGAAAAGCUCAUUGAUUCGGUUCGAGGCACUCCAGCAGUGCUCUUAACAACCUAUGCGGCCGUUCGUGAGCACUGCCGGUUGCUUCACAACGCAUGUUUUCAGUAUGUUAUUCUUGACGAGGGGCACAAGAUUAGCAACCCGGAGGCUACUGUCACAAUUGCUGCCAAGUCGUUUCCCACACCCCACCGGCUCAUCCUCUCUGGAACCCCUGUGCAAAAUACACUCAAGGAACUGUGGUGCCUGUUUGACUUCGUUAAACCAGGCCUACUGGGUACGUUGCGGAGGUUCGAGGAAGAGUUUGAGGUGCCAAUCAACGCCAGUAAGAAUAUUCGGGCGUCACCUCUCGCUUUGGCCACAGCCGCCGAGACUGCGCGGGUGCUGCACGAGAGCAUCUCCCCGUUUUUACUACGUCGACUGAAGAAGCAAGUGAUGAGCGAUUCUUUACCGGAGAAAUACGAACGUGUUAUUCGGUGCCCACUCAGUGAUUCCCAAUUAGAGGCGUAUGUUGACCUCUUAAGUUCAUCACGCGUGCAGAGGUUGAUGAGUAACACCCUGUCAUACACCCAGUUAAUGGGUGGGUUGGACCGUGACGGGCGGGAUGCAAGUGGUUGUCUGCACAUCGCUGGCAAGCGGUUCCAGUUGAUGCGUGAUAAAGAAAACAAAGGCGUUGUUCGGCAUGAGCUGUUUUGCGUGAUGCACGAGUUGCGACAAAUAUGCAAUCACGUGGAUAUCUUUCACAUGCGACAAGCAAAGGACUUCAACUACACCGACGAUAUGGAAAACAACUUCUUUCUCGAUGUUGUGAAUGCCCCUACCGCCACUGCAAGGAAAGCGGGUGGAAAAGGCACGACACAUUUUUCGAUGCGCAGUAACAGGCCGGUAAAUUAUGAAGGUAGCAGUAAACUUCAAACUCUUAGACAGCUGCUGAAGUUGUGGCAACGGGGUGGACAGCGUGCGCUGGUCUUCUCCCAGACGCGUGCCAUGCUAGAUAUUAUUGAAAAUAUGUGUGAACAAGAGAGCCUUACAUAUAUCCGCAUGGAUGGUACCACCAAUAGCUUACGACGGCAGGAACUCAUGGAUCGUUUCAACGAGGAUGACAGAAUCGUGGUGGCGCUGCUUACCACACGUGUGGGUGGCGUUGGGGUGAACUUAAUUGGUGCUGACCGAGUUGUGAUAUUUGACCCUGACUGGAAUCCGGUGACGGAUGAGCAGGCGCGUGAGCGGGCGUGGCGAAUUGGGCAAACACGCGAUGUGGGUGUUUAUCGUCUCAUUUCUAGCGGAACAGUGGAGGAGGCGGUGUUGCGACGGCAACUUGCCAAGACGUAUGUGACCGAGAAAGUUCUGCACGAUCCAAAACUUCAACGUUUCUUCUACGAGCAAGGUAGUCUAUCAGAGUCGUUCUACCUUGGCGUCGAGUAUGACAGCCGGGUGCCACUAGGGAAGAAGCACAUCGUCGCUGCACAAGAACUGUUUCCACUUUUAAAGGAAGAACACAAUAAUGAGGAGGUAUUUGCGCUAACAGCGGUUGGGCAUGAGCGGAGAAUCCGAGGGACUGAGGAAGAAUCAGGUGGGGCUUCUGUGAGGGCGAAGUCAGAAACAGAAAAAACUGCUGCUGCUUCCGUGUAUCGGGUAUGUGCUCCACGGGAGCUUUUUCCUUCUGCCACCACAACGUCACGAACAUCUUCUUCCAACAUAUCUGAGACGUCAUUGCUUCAGGAUCUCGUUGACGGCAAUCAUGUGCGGAUCUCUGGUGUUGACAGCACAGCACAGCGACUCGCGUGUACGUCAGCGUCCCAUGCAAUGUUGCGUGUGUCGAAUGUCAUCCGCACGUUCGAACAUCAGACACAAGAGGCAUUUGCGAGGCUUCCCAGGGUGGAGGGAUCGUAA